UCCAGCAGUGUCAGCACUUCUGAGCCCGAUAUAAACCACCGCCUCCUGCCUUUCACCCUCUUGUGUGUGGAGACACAGUCUGCCAAACCGUUUACUAGAAACAAACAACAACCAACGCGUCCUCCACAUCCAAGCAAAAAUGACCUCCCCGGCUGAGCCCAUUUUCUCAAAGGGAGAGACCUGCAAGGCCUCCUGGCACGAUGCUAGCGCCGGCUACAAUGAGACCGACACUCACCUGGAGAUCAUGGGUAAACCCGUGAUGGAACGCUGGGAGACCCCGUACAUGCAUUCCCUGUCAACCGUUGCAGCCUCAAAAGGUGGUCGGGUUCUGGAGAUUGGUUUUGGCAUGGCCAUUGCUGCCACAAAAAUGGAGUCUUUCCCCAUCGAGGAGCACUGGAUCAUCGAGUGCAACGAUGGCGUCUUUGCCAGACUGGAGAAUUGGGCCAAAUCUCAGCCACAUAAGGUCGUCCCUCUGAAGGGCCUCUGGGAGGAAGUUGUCCCCACGCUGCCAGACAACCACUUUGAUGGUAUCCUGUAUGACACAUACCCUCUGUCAGAGGAAACAUGGCACACUCACCAGUUUGACUUUAUUAAGGGUCACGCUCACAGGAUGCUUAAGACCGGCGGUGUCCUCACCUACUGCAACCUGACCUCCUGGGGUGAGCUGCUCAAGACUAAAUACGACAACAUUGAGAAGAUGUUUGAGGAGACCCAGAUGCCUCACCUGCUCCAAGCCGGCUUCAAGAAGGAGAAGAUUAGCACCACCACCAUGGACAUUGCACCACCCAGCGAUUGCAAAUAUUAUUCCUUCAAUAAGAUGAUCACUCCCACCAUCGUCAAGGACUAAAGUCCAUUGCUGCAACUUUUUUUUUUUUUUUUUUUACUCCAAUGUGCCUUCUCAAGUGACCUCAUCAUUCUGUCAUAACGGUUAUUCAAUAAAUAAAUAAAUCCAACCAACCAC